AUGGUCGCAGCGAGCGAAGAUGAAUCUCUCAGCUCAGGCUCGGGCUCGGAGUCCGAUGUCGAGGAGACCGGCAAACGAAGAUCGAGCCCGACGAGCGGCAAGGGAGCAAAAGUAAAGCUCAAUGACAGCGACAGACAAAAGACAAUUGAGGAGCUAGGCGAAGGCAUCGAUCAGCCAGAGCCUAAGCUGGCUGACAUGACGCCCCUCACGCCCGUCAUCAUGGCCAAGCAGGCGACAAUCAACAUCGGCACGAUCGGUCAUGUCGCCCAUGGCAAAUCUACCGUCGUCAAAGCCAUCUCGGGCGUACACACUGUCCGUUUCAAGAACGAGCUGGAGCGCAACAUCACCAUCAAGCUCGGCUAUGCCAACGCAAAGAUCUACAAGUGUCAGAAUCCAAAAUGUCCACGGCCGCAAUGCUAUGCUUCCUACCCGUCCGACAAGGAGGAUCAUCCGCCCUGUCAGCGCGAGGGCUGCAGCGGCAAGAUGACUCUGCAAAGACAUGUCUCCUUUGUCGACUGUCCGGGUCACGAUAUCCUGAUGGCGACCAUGCUCAACGGCGCUGCCGUCAUGGACGCCGCACUUUUGCUCGUUGCCGCCAACGAAUCUUGCCCGCAGCCUCAGACGAGCGAGCACCUCGCUGCCAUCGAAAUCAUGAAGCUCAAGCAUAUCAUCAUACUACAAAACAAGGUCGAUCUCAUACAAGAGCAGAAAGCGGAAGAGCACCACCAGUCCAUCGUCGAUUUCGUAAGAGGAACUGUGGCUGAUUCUGCACCUGUCGUGCCGAUUUCGGCUCAGCUAAAGUACAACAUCGAGGCUGUCAACGAGUACCUGUGCACCCGCAUUCCAGUGCCAAUGCGCGACUUUGCGACUGAUCCGCGCCUGAUUGUGAUUCGUAGCUUCGAUGUCAACAAGCCAGGCUCAGAGGUGGACGAGAUCAAAGGCGGCGUAGCAGGCGGCUCUAUUCUGAGCGGUGUCCUGCGACUUGGCCAAGAGAUCGAGGUACGACCGGGCAUCAUCGAGAAAGCAGGUGGUAGGACGGUUUGCAAGCCUCUCUUCAGUCGCGUCGAGACUUUGCUGGCCGAGCGCAACCACCUCCGCUUUGCAGUGCCAGGCGGCUUGAUCGGUGUGGGCACAAAAAUUGACCCUUGUGUAUGCAGAGCUGACCGACUGGUCGGUCAAGUACUCGGCGCGGUCGGGAAAUUGCCAGAUAUCUAUACUGAGCUCGAGAUCAACUACUUCUUGCUGCGAAGGCUCCUCGGUGUCAAGACAGAUGACAAAAAGCAGACAAAGGUCCAGAAGCUUGCGAAAGGCGAGGUCCUGAUGAUCAACAUUGGCUCCACUUCGACCGGCGGUAAGGUCAUGAACAUCAAAGCGGAUCUUGCCAAAAUUGCCCUCAUGACGCCGGCAUGUACCGAAGUGGGGGAGAAAGUCGCUCUCAGUCGACGCAUCGAUAAGCAUUGGCGUCUCGUCGGCUGGGGCAGCGUGCGUCGCGGUACCACGAUAGAGACCGAGACUGCAUGA